CUGGGAAACGGUCGCGGAGCGAUGACGUCGCGGGGGCCUGGCCGGGCGUCGCGGACUCUGGAGAUGGAGGAAAAGGAGCUACUACGGCGGCAGAUCCGCCUCCUGCAGGGUUUGAUCGAUGACUACAAAAACCUCCACGGCAAUGCCCCUGCCCCGGGCCCCUCAGCGCCGUCCCGGUGGCAGCCACCAGCCUACAACAGCAGCAGGGCCUUCAGUGCUCGCUACCCCCGUCCAUGCCGGAGGGGCUUCUCCCAGAGCCACGGGCCUGCGUGGCGCAAGAAAUACUCCCUUGUGAAUCGGCCCCCGGGAUCCUUGGACCCACCUGGCGACUGUGCUGCGCAGCCCACCCUUGAGGCUGGGAGCAGCCGGGACCCCAACCCCCAGCAGUAUGGCUUGGAGAGGCAAGUUCAGCUAAGUGUAGAUCAGAGCAUGGUCAUCAAGAUCAAACCACCGUCAGAGCCAGGCUCGGCCAGCACUGCGGGGGGCCCACGGGGCUCCUGGGAAGACCGCCAGGGCCCUCCCUGGGGCACCCACAGGCCUCAGGCAGGUGAGGGUGAGCCCCCUGGUGGGCAGCGGCAGCCCUCGAGGCCAGGAAGAGCCAAGGGGACCUGCGGCACAGAGGACCCCCUUCUCGUCUGCCAGAAGGAGCCUGGCAAGCCCCGGGUGGUGAAGUCUGUGAGCAGUGUGGGUGACAGCCCCUCGGGGCCGCGGCGGACCGUCAGUGAGAGUGCAGUUUCGGUCCAGGCGCGCUUCCUGUCCUCCACCCUGCCGCAGCGCCCCGGAGCGGCCCUGGCUAGGAAGGUGGGCGCCCACUCCGCGGCCAGCUGUGCCGCACAGCUCCUUGCAGACGGGCGAGUGGACGCCGGCCACCCAGAUCAGCCAGCUCCCUCCUGCUCUGUGGCAGGCCCAGCUAGACCAGCUUCCGGACCUAGGCAGGCCCGGGAGAGCUCCCUGCUUGUGUCCUGUCGGAUUAACAAGUUCCGGAAAAACAAUUACAAGUGGGUGGCUGCCUCGGCGAAGAGCCCCCGGGCGCCUCGAAGGGCCCUCAGUCCCAGAGCGGCCUCGGGGAAUGUGUGCACGGCCCCCUUUGGUGCAGCAGAACGAGCGGAGAAGCUGCAGACCAGGGCUGACCAGGACGCCAAGCCCAGGAAGUCAGCCAUGUCUUCCACAUCUGGGGCCUCCUCCAGCAAGUACAAGUGGAAGGCCUCCAGCCCCUCGGCCUCCUCGUCAUCCUCCUUCCGUUGGCAGUCGGAGGCCGGCAGCAAGGACCGUGCCUCCCAGCUCUCUCCAGUCCCAUCCAGGUCCCCGCCGGGGGACAAGCCGGCAGUGGGACCCAGCAGCUUGAAGCCCUUCUCCAGUGAGAACCCGCUGUCGGCUUACAGAGUGAGAAGCCGCAACGAGAUCGUCCGGCGGCGCGGGAGUACUGGUCUUCCUGGGGACAAGAAGGGCAGCCCCCCACCUGCUGCCACUGCUAAGAGCCAGUUCAGCCUGCGGAGGAGGCAGGUCUUCCGGGGGAAGAGCAGCCCUGGUCUGAAGAAGACGCCCCCCAAGAGCCUGAUGCAAGCCCCCAGGCACCGGCCUUGCUGCCUGCCUCCAGGCCGGGCCCACCUCCCCAAGGAAGCAUCCAGCCUGCACACCCUGCGGACCCCUCCCACCAGCAAAGUGAUCAAGACACGCUACCGCAUCGUCAAGAAGACCCAGGGGUCACCUCUCAAUGACACCCCCUUCUCCCUGUCCCUGCCCUCCUGGCGGACACGGCGGCUCUCCCUGUCCAGGUAGGAGGUCCUCAUCCAGGCCCCUAAUGCUGCUCCAGGUGGGGGCAGAACCCAGCCGGGCUCCCCUCGGUGGCGGAGCAAAGGCUACCGCUGCAUCGGAGGGGUCCUCUACCGAGUGUCUGCCAACAAGCUCUCCAAGACCUGCAGCCGGCCCGGGGCUGGCGACGGCGACGGGGGCAGCAGGCCCCUCCUGCGUGCAGGCCGGGUGGACCUUUCCAGCAGCUGCAGUCGCUCCCUGGCCAGCCGGGCGGUGCAGCGCAGCCUGGCCAUCGUGCGGCAGGCCCGGCAGAGGCGGCGGCGGAGGGAGCAGGAGUAUUGCAUGUACUACAACCGCUUCGGCCGGUGCAACCGCGGCGAGCGCUGCCCCUACAUCCACGACCCCGAGAAGGUGGCCGUGUGCACCAGGUUCGUCCGGGGCACGUGCAAGAAAACGGACGGAACCUGCCCCUUCUCUCACCACGUCUCCAAGGAGAAGAUGCCCGUGUGCUCCUACUUCCUGAAGGGGAUUUGCAGCAACAGCAACUGUCCCUACAGCCACGUCUACGUGUCCCGGAAGGCGGAGGUCUGCACCGACUUCCUCAAGGGGUACUGCCCGCUGGGCGCCAAGUGUAAGAAGAAGCACACGCUGCUGUGCCCUGACUUCUCUCGCAGGGGCGUCUGCCCCCGGGGCGCCCAGUGCCAGCUGCUCCACCGCAGCCAGAAGCGCCUCGGCCGGCGAGCAGCCGCACCCCCCACGCCGGAGCCCAGCGACGCGCGCCCCAGGAGCAAGGCCUCUGCCGGCCACGGGCCCAGGAAGUCUUCGGCUGCCCAGCGCCCCCCCAGGCAGAUGCCCAGCUCUCCCACCUCUGCGGCUACUGGCCUGGCCUCCCUUCCCUCCUCCCCACAGGCAUCAGCCGCAGCUUCAGCCGGUCCCUUGUCAUCGAAGGCCCCCUCCUCCGCCUCUGCCUCCCCCCCAUCUCCCUCUCUGUCCUCGGACCAGGAGGAGCUGUCGCUCCAGGAGGAGGCCGCCUCGGUGGCGACAGGCUCGGGCAGCCUCUCCCAGCUGCCUUCCUUCAUCUCCCUGCACUCCUCGCCCAGCCCGGGUGCCCAGUCCGGAGCCCGGAGCCCCAGGAGCACCCCCACCAAGGACUCAGGCAAAUCUCUGCACAUCAAACCGAGGCUGUGAGGCCCAGGGGCCAGCCCGCCUACCUCAGCCCUGUCCCCGGAGAGGAAGGAGGCGCCGCCUGCCACCAAGCCACCCCCGGGGCCCCAGGGCCUCCCCUCCACCCUCCUGCCUCUCAGCCUUCCCUGACCAGUGCGUGCCCAGGGCCUCACCCUCUCCCUCGGGCUGGGCCCCUGCCCAGCAGGCCCCUCUGCCCCCCCACCUCCCCACCCCUGGGUCCUUACCCUCCCACCCAGGACAUGCCUCCAACUUCCUGCCUGAGGGAUGUGGGGCAGGGCUCACCCCCAGGCCCAUCCCCACUGUGGGUGCAGCGGUGGCAUCGACGCGCCCUGCCCUCCUGGGGCCUCCCGCCUGGCGGGCAUCUGCGCUCAGCAAUAAAGGUUCUGUCCUGUG